AUGGCUCCCGAAAACGAAAUCGCCACCGUCCAGGUGCGCUCGGAGAAAGACGAGACGAUCCAACUCCCCACUCAAACUGUGGAUGAUAGCAAGAAUAUACAUGAUGCACCCUUCCCCGUCGAUAACUCGGCUGGUCGCAGAAACCCCGUCGGUUCGCGCUUGGGCUCCCUGCUGAGAGCCUUCGAGCAGCAGCUCGUCGAGUAUAACCUGGAGGCACGAGGUAUUGAACGUGUUGCGCCGGAGGAUCGCAUGAAGAAGUUGUCAUGGAUGUCGUAUCUGCAAGCAUUCUUGCUGUGGGUUUCGAUUAAUCUGGCGGCCAACAAUAUCACGCUUGGAAUGCUGGGGCCUGCAGUUUAUGGCUUGAGUUUCACGGACUCGGCUCUGUGUGCUGUCUUUGGUGUUUUUACUGGUUCUCUGGUUGCCGCAUGGGUAGCGACAUGGGGACCUGUUUCGGGCAUUCGGACUAUGGCGUUUGGCCGAUACUCGAUGGGAUGGUGGCCUAGUAAGAUCAUUGUUCUGUUGAACUUGAUUCAAAUGAUCGGUUACUGCUUGGUCGACUGUGUUGUCGGAGGGCAAAUCUUGUCUGCUGUUUCGCCCGGAGGCAUGUCCGUUGCUGUCGGUAUUGUCAUCAUUGCGGUUAUCAGUUGGGUCGUAGCGACGUUUGGCAUUCAAGGCUUCCAUCACUAUGAACGAUAUGCCUUCAUCCCCCAGCUUAUCGUCUUCUGUAUUCUAUUCGGUGUCUCAUCCGUGAAGUUUGACUUGACUACCCCAUCCACUGGCGAUCCCGCCACAGUAACCGCGAACAGACUAUCCUUCUUCUCCAUCUGCCUAAGCGCAGCAAUCACCUACGCCCCACUAGCAGCAGACUUCUUCGUCUACUACCCCGAACACACCUCUCGCCUAACAAUUUUCACCUUAACUCUAACAGGCCUCGUCCUCUCCUUCAGCUUCGCCCUCAUCUCCGGAAUCGGCCUGGGCUCAGGCAUAACCGCCCACGCCGAAUACGCCACAGCCUACGCAAAAGGCCAAGGCGCCCUAAUCGUCGAAGGCUUCGGCCCUCUCCACGGCUUCGGCAAAUUCUGCUCGGUAAUCGUUGCACUAGGCCUAAUCGCCAACACCGUCGCACCGACCUAUUCGGCCGGAGUGGAUUUCCAGAUCCUAGGCCGCUACGCCGAGAGAGUCCCGCGCGUUAUCUGGAACACUAUCGGUGUGGUCAUCUAUAUCGUCUGUGCACUUGUAGGAAGGGCUCACCUUUCUGAAAUCUUCACCAACUUCCUCGCGUUGAUGGGGUACUGGGUCGCUAUUUGGUUUGCGAUUUUGUUGGAGGAGUACUUGAUCUUCCGAAGGAAGAGUGGAUACCACUGGGCUGCGUGGCGGGAUCCGAAGAAACUCCCUAUUGGAGUUGCGGCUUUUGCAGCUUUCGUUGUUGGGUGGGUUGGUGCUAUUCUGUGUAUGUCUGAGGUUUGGUAUAUUGGGCCUAUCGCGAAGUUGGUUGGUGAUUACGGUGCUGAUAUGGGUAACUAUGUUGGCUUCACCUGGGCCUUGCUCGUGUAUCCUCCUUUGAGAUACUUGGAGCUGCGGUACGUGGGCCGUUGA